AGAAGAAACAGCAGCUAGCUGUUUGGUCAGAAACUUUCACAUGUUUCACAGCUCGUCAUUGCUGAAUUGAGAUAUUUUUAUUCAGGAAACGGUUAUUUGUAGUUUCUUCUCCUAGAGAUCUUCAGGGGAAUAAAAUGGAUGGUCCUCUGCCUCUCUCCUCUCUGAGGCUCCUGGCUCCUCCUCUGCGGGUCAUGUCGGCCGUGAUGUGGAAGGUGGUUCAUCUGAGGAGCAUGAAGCAUUACGGGAAAGUGGAGGAGUUCGUGUCCAUGGUAACUGAAGCCAUCCCUGACCUUCUGACAGACAGACAGAUGAGGCUACUCACUCUGGGCUUAAGAGCGAAGAUGACGCUACAGAUGUUGAGUUCUGAACAACCCGAGGAUCUCACUGCUGUGAAAACACACCUGAAGAUCCUGCUGUCAUUUAGCUCAAAGCAGGUUCUUCAAAGAGAUGAAGAUCUUGAAGAGAACUUUGUCAGGCUUGUUCAAAGACUCUUGGAGGACCCAAAAGAAACACAAGAUUUUCUUAAGAAUGUGUUUCCUGUGGUGUACGGGCCUGACUUUGAUUCAGCUUUGGAGACACUGCUUUGUGAGUUCUUCACCAGGCUGGAAGAAGUGCUGCGCAUACCAGACUUUAAGCAGACUGCAGAGUGGAUCAGUGACACGCCCUCUGUGCUGGAGGAGUGUAUGCAUUGUGUGUCCAGAGAGGACGACCUCAGAGUGCUGCUCUGGAGCAAGGCCUGCCGAGGUGAAGUGGCCAACAAGCAUAGCAGCGAUCCCUCUCACUCAGAGCAGCAGCUCUUCUCAUCAUUAUCUCUUCCUCCUUCACUGCAAACGGCCACUGCCAAAGAUACAGAAUCUAACACAGAGCCAGAACACCAAAGACAAUUUGAGACUGUUUCUCCUGAGGAGACAGCAGACCCAGAGGUGCCGGAAUCAAGGUUUCUAUUUGAAGAGGAAACAAACAUUGUGGACAGUAACAUUGCACAACGAAUAACAGAAGGUCUUCUCAGUGAUCCUAAAGUUUUCAGGGUGGAGAAAAACAAUGGCAUAUCUUCAGCCCCCUGCCAAGCUCCCUCUACAUCUUGUCAGAGUCCCGGGAUGUCUACCUCCCUUAUCCGCUGUCCACGUAAGAGAGUUGCUAACAAAUGUCCUCAUUGUGGAAAGUGCUUCAUUUACCGCUAUAAACUCCUGGAGCAUCAGCGGGUGCACACUGGUGAAAACCCUUACAAGUGCUCUCAGUGUGGAAAGGCCUUCAGGAGGACUUCUGACAUGUCGAGUCACAGGCGGACUCAGUGCACAAAAGCAGCUUAUAUCUGCAUCAAAUGUGGGGAAAGCUUUCAAACAUUACGGGAGAAAUUCAGACACAGAUGUGUCCAAAAUGUGCAAACGUUCGAUUGUUCCCAGUGCGGGAGAAGCUUUAAAAAAAUGUACCUGCUGUGUAAACAUAAACUGACCCACGCACAGGAUCGGACCUACACAUGCAAACAGUGCGGGCGGGUUUACCCCAGCGUGAGAGAGCUGCGAAACCAUCAGAAGAUCCAUCCAACUGAGCCGUCCCAUAAGUGUGCACAGUGUGGGAAGUUUUACAGCUCGGUGGCCAGUUUGACAGCACACGAGGUGCGUCACGAGCAAAAGAAGACACAGACGUGUGUUUACUGCGGCAAGGCUUUCAAGACCAAAAGUGACCUGAAACUGCACACGCGCAGUCACACAGGCGAGAGGCCGUUUCAGUGCACGUACUGUGGGAAACGUUUCUCUGUGUCAGGAAACCUCACUAUACACAUGAGGAUCCACACUGGAGAAAAGCCAUUUCUGUGCUCUGACUGUGGCAAGGCUUUUGUUUCAGCAGGCGAGCUGCAGAUUCACAGGCGCACCCACACAGGAGAGAGGCCGUACAAGUGCACCAUAUGUGGACGGGGAUUCACCAUGGCAGGAAAACUAAAGCUUCAUAUGCGCGUUCACACCGGCGAGCGUCCUUAUGUCUGCUCAGAAUGCGGGAAGGGUUUUUCACGCGGUGCCGAGUUGAAAACACACAACAUGAAGCACGCAGGGGUUCGACCGUUCAUUUGUCACCUGUGUGCAAAGACUUACACAUGCACCAAUCACCUGAAGAGACACUUGAAAACUCACAGUGUACUUUGUGUCCCCCUGUCCUCCCUGGCCCUCCUGGUCCCUCCACUCCGCCUGAUGUCAGCCGUGAUGUGGGAGGUGGUCCGCCAGAGGAACAUCAAGCACUACGGGAAGCUGGAGGAGUUCGUGUCCAUGGUAACAGAUGCAGUUCCUGAACUGAUGAGCAAAAGAGAAGGGAGACUGCUCUCACUGGGCCUGAGGGCAAGGACAAACGAUCCUGUGAUUGAAGCACCAGAGGCGAACUUCAUGAAGCUGGUCCAAGGCCUUAUCGAAGACACUGAUGGCAGAGAACACUUCCUGAAGGUGAAAAUGGAGAUGACAUUUUUUGUGCUCGUGCAGUACAUUUUUGGACAAACGUUUUUUCCAGUGGAGUAUGGUCCUGACUUUGACACAGCUCUGGAGACUCUGGUUAGUGAGUUCUUCACUAGACUGGAGGAGCUGCUGCCGAUUCCAGACUUCAAACAGACUGCGUCCUGGAUCAGCUCUUCCCCUGCUGUCCUCGAGGAGUACAUGCAGUGUGUGUCAAACGGAGAGGACCUCAAAUUUCUUCUCCAGAGCAAACAGUGCCAUGGGAAGCUGGCCAAGAGUAGUGUCGCUCCGUUUCCAUCGGAUGAUCUGCUCAUCCCCUCCCUGUGUCUCCCUCCGUCACUGGAAGUAGCCAUCGCCUCCCACCCGAGUGCUUGUGAUGAUGAAAACAACGACGUUCCUCAGAUCGUCAUGUUCGACGAGGAGCUGUCUACAAAUCCUUCCACAUCAGCCGACUUCCCAGAAUCACCCAAAAGAACCGACAUGCCGUCCUCUCCUCGCAGGAGACAGACGUCGGGGCUGCAUAAAUGCACGGAGUGCAACAAAUGCUUCAAGCAUCACUCAGUCCUCAUCGAGCACCAGAGAGUCCACAGCGGGCUGCAGCCUUACAACUGCUCAGAGUGCGGGAGGGCGUUCAGAACCGCCACGCUGUUGGCCGGUCACAGGCUGCGGAAAUGCAAAAAUGCUGCGUAUUUGUGUAUCAAAUGUGGGAACAGUUUUCCAACCUCACUGGACAAAUUCAGACACCACUGUCCAAAGAGAGGCCGUAACUACGACUGUGGUCACUGCGGGAAGAGUUUUCAAAAGUCGAGCAGCUUAAAGGAACAUCUGCUAACUCACGUGCAAAGCCGGCUCUUCAAGUGCAGCCACUGUGGGGUGGGUUUUUCAGGAAUAGGCGACCUGAAGUAUCAUCAGCAGGUGGAUCAUGAUAAACCGUAUCAGUGUAAGCAGUGUGGGAAGAGCUUUAUCUCCUCAAAGUGUCUGUCCAAACACCAGCAGAGGCAUGAAGAGCUCGGUGACAUGGAGAGGGCUAAAUUAAUGAGCGGAGGGAAACAUAGGAAGAGUGGCUCAGCUCAUCGGACUUCCUCCUCAUCUCUGUCCUCCAGGAAAACAUCCUUGAAAGCCAUCUACCCCCGAGGACGGGUCACACACAACUGUCCGCUGUGUGGGAGGAGCUUCAAGUACCGCUUUGAAUUUCUGGAGCACCAGAGGUUCCACACGGCGGUGAAGCCUUACAAAUGUUCUCAGUGUGGAAAAGCUUUCCGAACAGAAGCUCACCUGUCGGGCCACAGGAAGAGGAAGUGUAAAAAUGCCUCCCACGUCUGCACAAAGUGCGGUUGUCAGUUCAGGUCUCUGCAUGAGCGAGUCAGACAUCAGUGCGUCCAGCUGCUGACAAAAUACGAGUGUUCUCACUGUGGGAAGACGUUUAAGAUGGCUCACCUGCUGAGGAACCAUCAGAUGAGCGAUCACCAACUGCCCUAUAGCCCCAACCAUCGCUUCAGGUGCAGAUACUGUGAUGAGACGUUUCCUGGCAUCAGCGAGCUGAAGUACCAUCAGAGAGUAGACCAUGAGAAACCGUAUCAGUGUCAGGAGUGUGGCAAGUGUUUCCUGUCUGAAAAAUGCCUCAACAACCACGAGUUACGCCACAACGAUGACCGACCGGAGAGCUGUCUGGUGUGCGGCCGCGGCUUCAGAAACCGCUACGACCUAAAGCAGCACAUGCGCACUCACACAGGAGAGCGGCCGUACCAGUGCACACACUGCUCCCAGUGUUUCUCCACAGCUGGAGGCUUAAGGAGCCACACCCGGGUUCACACCGGAGAGAAGCCACAUGUUUGUCCCGACUGCGGGAAAGCGUUCUCUCAGAUGGGUGCAAUGCGAACCCAUAGACUCACACACACGGGGGAGAGGCCGUUUAAGUGCACGGUGUGUGGGAAAGGUUUCACGAUGGCACACAAGGUGACAGUUCACAUGCGCGUGCACACGGGAGAGCGGCCGUACGUGUGCUCGCAGUGCGGGAAAGCCUUCUCAGAUGGAAGCGUGCUGAAGCAGCACAUGCUGAACCACUCAGGGGUCAGACCCUACCACUGCCAGAUCUGCCCCAAGACCUACACCUGUCUGAACCACCUGAGGAGGCACCUGAAGAGCCACUCCAACAUGAACUGAGUCAGCCUCCAAAUCAUACUGGAGCAAAGCCUUUGAAUGACAUUUUACACUCCAAGAGACGAUGCACUAGGUAGUUAGGUCUCUAAAGUAACAAUGGACCAACUGAACUAAGCAAUACAUGAAGGUUUGUCUGAUUCUGUUGAAAGUGAGGGGAAAAGAUCUUCUCAUUUUGUAAAGUCAAUUUAGUCACAUCAGCCAAAGCUAAGGCCGAUGUUUACAUUUAAACAAAGGGUUUGUCAUUUUAGGAGAAAGCACUUUUUUGUCUCUGAUGAUAUUUUUAUGGGAAGAAUUAAACCAAUCUUAGUCUGUCGAUUUAGGGAUGAAGUUUGAAAAGAAAAAGCCUCCUGUUGUUGCAGCUGUUCUUUGUGUCUGAUAGGCGCAGAUUGGUGCAGCUGCUAAAAUCUGGCAGCUAACCAGAUCCUUUUGACAAAGUUAGUGGCCCUAAAGAACUUCAGGCUUUUCUGCUGCUUCAGUGUUUUUACCGUCUCUGGUAUUUAAAACAAGAUACUAAACUGUCGACAACUCCAAUUAGACUAUGUCAUGGACAAGGAUUUAUUUAAAAGUACCUUGAAUCAUUUAUAAUGAAAUGUGAUUAUUUGUGCCAGAGAGAGGCAGCUGAACAAAUGCAACAGACUGAGAACAUAUAGUGGCUGAUUGCACCCAGUGCAUCCUGGUACAUGUAGUCAGUCCUGGCUCUGCUAGCGGAAGAACUCAGCUUUCUCGUUAAAUGUAACACAACGCCGAGACAAUUAUUACUUAUAUGCGAUAUUAAGCACAGCCAGGGGUUGACAUGCGAAUCAAACACAUUUCCCUCUCAAGCUGAAACCACAAAGACUGGAAGUUUAACUUAGCACAAAGACUGGAAACAGGGGGAAACAGAUUAACCAUGCUCAGAUUUACUGCUUUAAAAAUCAAAUGAGCAUAUAAAAAUUGAAAACUAUUUUUUCUAAAACUUCUUUAACAUCACAAAUUGAGGUGAAGCGGUGUUGGUAAUCUUUUUGAUUCAAAGAUGAAGGUUAUGUUUUUUAUUUAUGUGUCCAUUCCAGGUGCUGAGCUGAACAUGUUGGUUGUUUUUUUUUUCGCUUCAUAUUUAAUGAACUGAUGUUUUCAACCUUCCCAUAAAAAUCAGCAAGUAUGAAAAGUGUCGACCCGUUCUUUUAACAUCAGCACAAACAAACGGUAUGUUUUUCUUUAAUUGCCUUCCAGGCUUUUCCCUGAGCUUUGAUUUUUUUUUUUUCUCACUGUAGCCACUUGUGCAUGAAACGUGUGGACGAGGUUCUGGAUAUUAUUUUGAUGGGAAACUUCACAGUUCAGAAAUUGUACUUUUGGUGAAAAUCUUUUUUUUUUUUUUUUUUUUGGAAAGGCCUCAAAAGUUGUAGAAAUGAAAGUGUUGACUGUAAAUACACAGAAAGACAAUUAUUGUAAGAGUGCAAAGAUAUAAUGAUGGUACUGUUUAUUUCAACAUGACAUGACUUUAUUCCGAUGGGCCUUUUCUUUGCGCCACCAUGGUUUGCAAAAUCUGAAUCUCCAAUUAAAAGACCUUGGUUCUACCUGG